AGUAAGAAAGCUACACAAUCCAUCUAUUCUGUGAGGAACGAACCAUGAAAGCAAUAUCCCUGAUGAUUGUUCUUCUCCCUCUAAUAAUGUUUCCACCGUCAUCACAAUGUGUGAGAAGGAUGGAGUGCCCUAGAGUAGUAGGGGACAUAGGGCAGUGCCUGUGGUACUUGAGGAGCAUCCCUUAUAUAACAUUUCCGUCACAACAAUGUUGCGACGGACUUAGAAAUCUUGAAAGUGGUUUACAUAGCGUGCAGGAUAGAAGAGAUGCUUGUAACUGCGUUAGGGCCGUAUCAAUGAUCAUAGCCCCAUUUCCAACCAACGCUAGGGAACUCCCAAUUCGAUGUGGGGUCCAACUUCCCUUCCCCUUUUCCACUGCCUUCGACUGCUCCAGGAUUGGAUGAUUCAGAGCCGAAUUUCGUUCUUCGGUGCAGCAAGAAUGAAGAGAAAAUAAUACUGUUUACGAAUAUUUAUC